CUCUGCUCCGCCAGGGGGCGCCCCAGCCCAGGGGAUCGGGAGCCGGCGAACCCCGCCCCCGGGCCCCGCUUCCCGCCGCGGCAGGAAGGAAGGACGAGCGGGCCUCGGCGCUGGUGCUGCCCGCGCGGACCCACAUUUACGUUGAUCGUUGGAGAAAACUCCACAGGUGAUGAUUAUAGCUGCUGAUGAAUACAGAAGUGAGAUUUACUAGCAGCACAGCACUUUGCUAAGCAUGGGUGGCCUUUAAUUGAGAUCUUGACUAAGGUUUGAUUGAGACGUGACUAAGUUGCCAUCUGACCUCUACCACUGAAAUCAUUAUGGCAAGGAGAUGGGGAGGACUCACUGCAUGAAGACUCUCAGCUAUGGUAUAAUCAACAAGUAUAUGCAAGAUACUGGAAGCAUUACAAUCAAGCCAUGCAUUGGAUGUACAAGCACAAAAAUGCCUACAGGAAAGCCAUGGAGUCCUUUUAUCAUGUGUCAUGGUAUCCAUCCGAAACCUUUCCUUCAAGCCGUUACUCAGAUUGGGAUGGAGGCAACCCAUCAGAUGCUGACAACUAUUCUACUUACGCUCCAAACAGCAGAGCGCGAUACCCUUCCUGGCCCCAGCAAUACCCAGGUGCCCAUUGCAGUUCCGGAGUGAGCAAGGAUAUGGGCAGGGAUUCUGAAAUGGAGAAGGAUUCUGAGUCUGAAGAGGAGAUAGAAUGUGACCUGAGCAACAUGGAGAUCACAGAGGAGCUCCGCCAGUAUUUUGCACAGACAGAGGCGCACAGGCAGGAGUUACCUCAUUGCCUCUUUCAGCUCGCUGCCAGGGUCAGUCUCACUUCACUCUACAACAUAGGCCUGUCUCCCGGGACUCCUCUCAAUUGUCGACGGAUGCACAACCAGAAUGCUAUGAGGAACUGUGGGAAGCAGCAGCAGCUUGAAGCCGAGCACCAGGACAUGUAUGUCGAAGCUGAUCAUGACCUGCACCUAACAACACGACGUUCGGUACAACCCCCUGCAGAAAGACCCGGGGAGAGACGUAUGGCUGAAAUGAAGAAACUCUAUGGUGUGGGUGCGGCCAAAAUCCAAGCCAUGGAGACUGCCAUGCAACUUGCCUUUGAUAGGAACUGUGAUAAAAAGCAGCCCAAGUAUUGGCCUGUUAUCCCCCUGAAACUGUGAGCUGUAUCAUCUUCUGUACUAGCAGUCCAGCGCUGCAGCUGUGGGUGCCCAAUCAGGCUACAUAGCUCAAUGAAUGAAUCAGGGUCGUCACUUGUUCUCCUUUCCCCUCCUGCCAAACACACUCCUCCUCUUCUUUUUAAUCUGUCUACCAGAGUUUUCAGAACCUAUAGCAUCUCCACAGGGAAGUGCUAAAUUAUUGAUUUGUACUGUAGUGAAAUUUUACUUCUUUUAAAAUAUAUAUUUCACUAAUUUAAUGUUGGUCUGCCUGGACCAUGCUUGCAGGAAAUGCAGUAGCAUUUGUUUGCACUUAGUGAGCUGGGAAGACUGUUCAGCAACACAAAAAUCUCUACAAAUGAUCCACUUAUUUAUUAUUUUUAAUGUAGUAGCCUUGAGAUCCAUUUUAACACAGUACAGCUUGAAGUGUUGUGAAUUCUGAACCCUCAUCCUUGAUUUGGGGAUCCUGCAGUCAAUUGGCCAAGGUACAAAAUACUAAAUUACUGUAGCACAGCCAUUUGAAUGCUCUUUGAAAGCUUUAUAAUAAGGCAGGAAUUUUUUAUUCCAGUCUGAAACUUGGCAGGCAGAAUUUCAAUCCAGAAGCAAACUUAUAUGAAAACAUUAAAAAAGAAAUUUUGGCCAUUUUUAUUAUACAACUGUUUGGCAUGGUAGCAAAAAUGUCUAAUUGAUUUGAUACAUAAAAAAAAGAAAAAUUAAACCAACAGAGAGGAUUAGGUUCCAGUUCUGUCACCCUUCACUCACACUGAGUAGUGUCUUACUCAACUAAUAAUUCCAUUGAUUUGUGAACUCACUGAGUAAGCAAUACUCACUAUGAAUAAAGGAGGCAGAAUUGAGCCCUUAAUGUUGAAACGUGAGUACUCUGGAUAUGUAAUCAUGAAAAUCCUUCUGAAAAGCAGCUAUGUGUCACUAUUGUAUACUUAGUUUUCACCAAAACAAGUUUUCACCCAGUCAAAGUAAUACAGACUUCAGACAUUUUUCUGUAGAAAGAGUUGUGUAAAGAUAAUGACGAUUAAAUGGCCUCUCUGUGUAAUAUGCAGUAUUUCCAUGCUACAUUAUAAGUGGUUCCAAAGAAACGUAUUAGUGACUUAACUGUCAUAAACAAUGGGUGACCCGUUUUUGCGGUAGAGAAGGCUGAGGCUGAAGUUCCAACCGUUUAAUUUGCUCUAGCUAUGUCCUGUACUUGCCUGUACGGUCUAGCUGUUGUAGCUUGCGUGGCAUAUAAUAAACCACAUUAAUCUCUCUGCCCUAUGCUAUAUACUGGUAGACUAGAGCAAAUUUCAGAUUUAACUUUGAAUGUCCUUGUUCUUAUCACUUGGUGUUACAGCAUCAAAAGUACUUCUUUUUUUAUUCUAACUGAACAUAACAUGAAGCGGGAAGAUUGAACUCCUUAAAAUUAAAAGCUUCCAGACCCCAGGACUCAUUACUGAUGUAAUUGAACUAACAAGCUUGUACACAGGGAAAAAAAUAAGUUGGGGUUGUGAAAUGUAAUCCUGCCUUUGGUGUACUUUAAUUUUGUCAUGGUAUGUAUGUUAGCGAUCGACUACGAAAUGUCAGGAAUAGUGUUUUUGUUAGGAUCUCUCUUGGUUGACAGAAUAAACUUUUAUCUUCUCAUAAAAA